UGGUGCUCCACUGCUGCAGGUGGUGGAACUCUACUGACCCUGUGUCUUUGGAACAUGUCAUUUGAUAGCAUGAAGUUUGGCAGGAAGAGGAAGUGAUUUGUGGGAGCUAAUGACUUUAUGUGUUAUCAAAAACAAACAAACAAAAAUAAACCUUAGUUUAUAGAGCCACAAAACCAUACAAAAAAAUGAACAAACUGGCUUAGAAAACACUUUAGAAAAACCAGAUGUUCCAGAUUCUCAAUCAAAGAAAGCCAGAAUAUGAUGGAUCUCAAUGCUCUCCAGAUUUGUGUACCUGAUGCACUGAGAAGGAUUAUGGAUUCCCAUGACAGCAAUAAAAUACAACUAUACUAGGUGCAUGUAAAUGCCUUUUCCCUGUGUUCUCUCUCUCAACACUUGUACCCACCACACACACACAAACACACACACAUAACCACUGGCUGGCAAAGAAAAUUAGGAAUCUGUUGGCAACAUCUUUUAAAAACACAAAUAUGUUCUUUUUAAAAUUUCCUUAAAAAUCUGUAGGUAAAAUGGAGAGUCUAAAAGAGUGUGAUAGUUUCUUUCUGGACUAUUUGACUUCCUCAGGCCUAUAUAGGUAGAAUCACCAGGGCAAGGGCUUGGCGGUUAUAACUGUAUCUAAAUUUGAGACAAGUGCCCUUAACAAAAGGAUUGAUUUUAGCAACUAGAGCAUAAGAGAAUCUUAUAGGUUGGUUGAGGUAGUGGAGAACAGAAGCAUAUUUCUGGGCCAAAAUUUCUUCCCCUUCACACGCAAGCUUCUUGUUUACUCCUUUUCUGUGUAUAUGUGACUCAGAAUACAAAAAAAAAAAAAAAAACCUGAGAGGUUGUAGAAAUGGUUAGAGUGACAGAAAGCAAGUGCAUUCUGAAAACAUUAGUUUGCCCUCUCUGUUUCUGCUGUCAAAAUUAUUUCAUCUUCGGUAUAUGUUUGCUCUUUCCGUGAUGUUGGAAACUCCAGUUUCUUCCAGAUGAAAACAUACAUGUACACACACACACACACACAAAUGACUUUUCAUCAUGAGCAAAAUUAUUAGACGACAUUCUUAUAAGUUGUAGAGAAGGAACAGUGUUCCAUGCACCCACCUGUCAGGUUCUUUCGCUGUGCCUUUCUCUCAGGCCCUUUGAGGCCUUAUGGGAACCUUCAAAUCUAGGCAAUCUCUGACUUUGCUUACUUCUGGGCGCCGACUGAUCCAUUUCCUUCUCAGUGCUUCCUGGCUCCUUCCAGCUAGUGAAACAGCAGGGCCUGACUUUGUGUGUAUGUAGUUCAAACUUUUUAUAUUUUUACUGCCCGUAAAGUCAAUGAUUACUACAUUCAGAUCAUAUCCUUGGACUUAUUUUUCUUCCCAGAGACAGGAGUGAGCCUCCCCUGUUUCUCCUUGCCAUACCCAUUCAGGACUACCGCCGGCUCCCAGCAGCACCACUGACUGAAAAUGAAAACUGGAAAAAGGGAUUAAGUAAUGAGAUAUUCUAACAAGUAUUUGUACAACCUGGUACAGAAAUGAUUCCCCUAAAAGACGUACUGAGAAAAGACCUGAAGAUGGUCCAUGGCUAUCCCAUGGUCUAUGCUUUUGCAAAAAACUGGGAAAAAACUAAACAGUUCCGCAGCAGGCCAGAUGACAUCGUGAUAGUCACUUAUCCCAAAUCAGGUACCACUUGGGUUAGUGAAAUUGCGGACAUGGUUCUAAAUGGUGGAGAUGUUGAAAAAUGUAAGCGAGAUUUUAUAACUGCUAAAGUUCCAAUGUUGGAAAUGGCUCUCUCUGAACUAAGAACUUCAGGUAUAGAACAAUUAGAGAAGAAUCCAUCACCCCGCCUUGUGAAGACACAUCUACCAAUUGAUCUCCUUCCUAAGUCUUUCUGGGAGAACAACUGCAAGAUGAUUUAUCUGGCUCGAAAUGCCAAGGAUGUUGCAGUCUCAUAUUACCACUUUGACUUAAUGAAUAAUAUGGAACCUUUUCCUGGCACCUGGGAAGACUAUCUCGAGAGAUUCUUGACUGGAAAUGUGGCCUAUGGUUCCUGGUUUAAUCAUGUUAAGAGCUGGUGGAAGAAAAAGGAAGAACAUCCAAUACUUUUCUUGCACUAUGAAGAUAUGAAAGAGAAUCCAAAGCAGGAAAUCAAGAAGAUUGUUAGAUUUCUAGAGAAGGAUCUGAAUGAUGACAUUUUGGAUAAGAUCAUCCACCAUACCUCAUUUGAAAUGAUGAAGGACAACCCUCUGGUGAAUUAUACACAUCUACCAACUACAGUGAUGGAUCACAGCAAAUCCUCCUUUAUGCGCAAAGGGAUUGCGGGUGACUGGAAGAAUCACUUCACAGUGGCCCAAAAUGAGAAAUUUGAUGCCAUUUAUAAGAAGGAAAUGUCUGGAAUUGCACUUCAGUUCCGCACAGAGAUCUAAAGAGCCUAAGCUGCAAAUCUGAAGACAGAAGAACUCAUCUGUAAUUUUUUGAAACAGGGCAGUUGUGACUUGACUUGGGCAAUCAAAUGGAUUCAUAAAGGAGAAAAUCUGCUUUUAAAACUUUGAUUUUUUUGGUGUCGUUAAUUUAGGUGCCAGUUUUGCUCCUGACUCUGAGCUUCCAAAUUCCCUAAAGUUGGGGCCAAUUGCUACCCUUUUGUAGGUUAUUCCUGCCGUUUCCUAGACAAGAGAGAAAGUAUUUAUCCUACUCAAUCUCCAUAUAUUACGACUUAAAAUUAAGUUCCCCUCCCUAUUAACAUGGCCCAAGAAAUACUGUUCUCACACUGACAAUGUGUUUCCUAGCUCUGCCCAGUUUCCAUUGGCUAAAAUCUUGACCCAGGACACUCUGUUCCACCACUGUCUCUUGGGUUUCAUGUUGCUCCCUGAGUCAUAGCUCAUCUUCUUGCAGUGUUUCUACUUGGAUAACGUGGUUCAUGUUCCAGAUCAUGUGGUUCAGGUUUUAGAAAUGUUGUUUCUAUGCCUAAUUUUGAGAAUAUCCAAAUUUUUCGUUGCUGAGUAUAUAAUUUCUGAGUCUCCAAAGGUGAAAGGCCUACAUUAAUCUCUCUCCAGCUCUUCCCUGGGAACUGGAGCUCUGCUCUGAGAGCCUGGACUGAGGGCUGGAACCUGUUUCCUGUGAAGAGUCCUUCCAGAUCUCAACAGCCUCUUCUGAACUUCGGAGAAUCGCCUAUUGCCAUGCUCUGGUCACCAUUUGGGAACUUCAGUUACUUCAUCUUGUGUCUAAACAGAUUUGUAUCUCCUAACAGCACCUUCAAUACCCCAGAUAAGAUCAUGGUUGCUGCUAAAAUUUCCCAAUCUGGUGCCUAAGGGAGACUCUCUGGGAUGAAUCCCCUCGAUGCCCUCCAGACCCAAGGUCCCUUCUAUCUGCUGUUCCACAUGCAUGCCUACCAACCUGGGCUCUUUGAUUAAUGUUUCCUUGGAACAUUUGUUUCUCAACUCCAGCUUUGCCUUACAUGUGAUUAUUUAUAUCUCCAUGUGCAGCCACAUCUUGUGCCUGCAGAUCAUAUUGGCCUGUGCCAAGUUACAUGCCAAGCCUAAGUUUGCAAACUCAAGGUUUGUUAGAAUGUCCUGGGCCCUUACUUGUUCUAGAGAAGAGUUCUGACACAUUAUAGACCCCCUGAGCCAUAACUGAGAUAGCUAUGAUAAUUUGGGGUACAAUAUUUUGCCGUCUCAGAUGAAUUUCUGCUGUCCCCCUCUGCAGCUGGAAUAGCUCCUCAAGCCUGUAAUGUCUCUCUUCCCCAACCCCAGAAGGGGAUUGAUCUGAUGCCAACUGCAAAUCUCCUAGCAGUGGUAUAUCUAUGAUUCUGAGAUAGUUGUUUUGAUAGGUUUAUUGUAAUAUGUAUUAUACAUUAUUUCAGAGUAUGAAACUUGUGUGUAUGUCCCUUAGAAAAUAUUUAGUAAUAGUUAAUCUUGAAUAUUUAGGGAUAUUGUGAACUAGUUCCAGCUUUCUAGAAUAUUCUUACCAAUAGGGAAGUAAAGGCAAUCAUGUAUCUAUUUGCUUUAUUGUCUUUAUUUAUAAUAAAUUAAUGUGGUAUG